ACUAAAUAUAACCGAUGAAUUUGGAAGAUUACAGAAAAUGGGGAAAAAUCUUAAUCGAUUACACGGCAGAUUAUCUGGAGAAUAUACGCGAAAGACGCAUUUUUCCCGAUGUUAAACCGGGAUAUAUGAGGCCUUUAUUACCAGAAAGUGCUCCAAUCGAAGGCGAAAAAUGGGAAGAUAUUUUCAACGAUAUCGAACGAGUGAUCAUGCCAGGGGUUACCCACUGGCAAAGUCCUCAUAUGCACGCUUAUUUUCCUGCUAUAAAUUGUCCCGGUUCGUUACUUGGUGAUAUAUUAUCUAAUGCGAUUGGAUGCUUAGGUUUUACAUGGGCAUCCAGCCCGGCGUGUACCGAAUUAGAAAUUAUUGUAAUGGAUUGGUUAGGGAAAAUGAUAGGAUUACCUGAAGCGUUUCUUCACGAUCAUUCCAAUGGUUUGGGUGGAGGAGUCAUUCAGACUUCGGCGAGCGAAGCAACAUUUGUAGCUUUGCUUGCGGCUCGAACGGAAGUAAUUCAAAGGGUUAAAAAAGAUUAUCCGGAUUUGGACGAAGCAGAAAUCAAUGGUAGACUCGUAGCAUAUUGUUCCGAUCAGGCUCAUUCUUCGGUCGAAAAGGCAGGAUUAAUCGGAUUGGUUAAAAUGCAUUACAUCGAAAGUGAUGAAAAUUUGAGUCUUCGAGGAGAAAAAUUAAAAGAAACCGUAGAGAGAGAUAAACAGAAAAGCCUCAUUCCAUUUUUUCUUUGUGCUACAUUGGGCACGACUGGUGCUUGCUCCUUUGAUAAUUUAAGUGAAUUAGGACCAAUCUGUCAGAAAGAAAAUAUUUGGAUCCACGUAGAUGCUGCUUAUGCAGGAACUGCAUUUAUUUGUCCCGAAUUCAGAAAAUGGAUGAAGGGCAUUGAAUACGUUCAAUCGUUUGCAUUUAAUCCUUCAAAAUGGAUGAUGGUUCAUUUUGAUUGUACUGCAAUGUGGGUGAAGAAUAGCGGUGCCCUCCACCGAACAUUUAAUGUGAAUCCUCUCUAUCUUCAUCACGAAAACACAGGUCUAGCUAUUGAUUUUAUGCACUGGCAAAUUCCUCUCAGUAGGAGGUUUCGAUCGCUAAAAUUAUGGUUUGUUAUUCGAAGUUUUGGAAUUACGGGACUUCAAGAACAUAUUCGUUACACAAUAAAGUUAGCAAUUGAAUUUGAAAAAUUGGUUCAGGAAGAUAAAAGAUUUGAAAUUCCUGCUAAAAGGCAUUUAGGAUUAAUUGUAUUUAGAUUGAAGGGCGAAAAUGAACUAACAGAGAAACUAUUAAAGCGUUUAAAUUCUGAUGGAAAAAUACAUUGCGUUCCAGCAUCGCUAAAAGGAAUUUACGUAAUUAGAUUUUCAGUUUCCUCACCUCGAAUUACAUCCGAAGAUAUUCGCCUCGAUUGGAAAAUCAUCCAAAUCACAGCAACUGAGAUUCUACAAAUGUAUUCGAAUAAGAUUACAGUAAAUAAACCUUCUAUCAAAGAAGUUAAGAAACGAAAUCCCGAAUUCGGAACAAGUUUACUCUUAGCUAAUAGUCCAAUGAUACCAAAGAUCAUGAAUGGCAGUUACGUAGCUAUUUUUGAUAAUACAGAAGCUAUAGAUCAAUUUAUCCAACGUUUUGGCAAUGCAUUUGGAAACUUGGCGAAGGACAGUCCCUCUCUUCGUCGACGUAUUCGAGGUUUAAGUAUAAGCAAUAAGCAAUACAGUCUGGAUUCGAGAAUGGAUUUGAUGAACAGCAUUGUUGCUACAGCAAUGAAUUUAUCAACAGCUUCUCAACGUACUUCAACUCCGAAAGAAAAGAAUUGUUUAAAAGAAUCUAUUUCCGAAGAAGAUGAUUCUUCUAAUUUAGUUGUUUGUUCCACAAAAUGCCAGAUGUGUGGUCAAGUUACAUCAAAAGAAGCUUAAAAGUUUUGUAAAUAUCUUCAAUAUAUCAGCACACAUUCAAUUUUGUUUAAAAGGUCUUUCAAAAUUUUCUAAGAUUUUGAUCGAAUUAAAGAAAUACAGAAUUGUUUCUUCCUCUAAGC